CUACGUCAUGUCGUAUAUAUUUCGUUUCGUUUCAGUGGCUACUGCCACCAACCAAGCUCUGCAAUUGACCGGUUGAGUUACUGUCCGUAGCAAAAAUUAAGCAAAGCAGAAGAAAACAGAGUAAAAGGGGUCUGGCACUGGCAGCAAUGGGGUUCCAUGGCGUUCUUGGGUUCGUGGGCUUGGAUGACUUGAGCUUGGACUUGGCUUCUUCUCUUAUCCGCAGUGGCUACAAAGUCCAAGCUUUCGAGACGUAUGAGCCUUUGAUAAAUGAGUUUCUAAAACUAGGGGGGAUUAGAUGUGGCAGCCCAAAGGAGGCAGGGAAAGAUGUUGCAGCUUUGAUUGUGUUAAUAUCUCAAGAAGAUCAAGUUAAUGAUGUAACUUUUGGAUUGCAGAAGGAUACUGUUGUCAUGUUUCGCUCAACAAUAUUACCAUCAUAUACUCAGAAUCUGGAGACGUAUUUCACAGAUGAUAGUGAGACAGCUUAUCUUGUAGAUGUGUAUGCCACAAAAGGAGUAUCUGAUGGUUUAAAUGGAAAAAUCAUGAUUGCUUCCUCAGGAAGUUCAGAUGCCAUUUUAAAGGCACGACCAGUUCUCUCUGCAAUGUGUGAAAAGCUUUAUGUUUUUGAGGGCGACGUUGGUGCUGGAAGAAAAAUUAGGAUGGUUAAGGAACUGCUUGAGGGUAUUCAUCUUGUUGCUUCUUUGGAGGCUAUUUCUCUUGGCACUAAAGCUGGUAUUCAUCCGUGGAUAAUCUAUGAUAUCAUAUCUAAUGCUGCGGGAAACUCAUGGGUUUUUAAGAACCAUAUUCCUCAGUUGUUAAAGGGUGCUGCCAAAGAUGAUUUCAAUACUCUUGUUCAAAAGUUGAGGAUUAUAUUGGAUCUGGCCAAAUCACUUACUUUUCCUCUCCCACUUUUAGCAGUUGCUCAUCAACAACUUCUGCUUGGGUCUUCACAUUAUAACACAGAUGAUGAAGAUGCUGAGUUGAUUAAGGUUUGGGAAAAGAAACUUGGAGUGAGAAUUUCAGAUGCAGCAAAUGCUGAGACUUACAUCCCUGAGCAAUUGGCCAGCCACAUUGUUGCCAAAUCAUAUACCAUCAACCGAGUUGGCUUCAUUGGUCUUGGAGCAAUGGGAUUUGGAAUGGCAACUCACCUUUUAAAUUCAAACUUUUCUGUUCUUGGUUAUGAUGUAUAUAAACCAACACUAACUCGAUUUGCCAGUGCUGGUGGCUUGAUUGGAAGCUCUCCAGCAGAAGUAUGCAAAGACGUUGAUGUGCUGGUAAUAAUGGUCACAAACGAAGCUCAAGCUGAGAGCGCUUUAUAUGGGGAUUUUGGUGCCAUUUCAGCACUUCCAUCUGGCGCUUCUAUUAUCCUUUCAUCCACUGUUUCUCCUGGAUUUGUUAGCCGACUAGAUCAGCGCUUGCAAAAUGAAGGAAAGAAUUUGAAGUUGGUGGAUGCUCCUGUUUCUGGUGGUGUUGUGAGAGCUUCCAUGGGGACACUUACGAUUAUGGCGUCUGGUUCAGAUGAAGCUCUUAAGAGUACUGGUUCAGUCCUCUCAGCACUAAGUGAGAAGCUUUAUGUUAUCAAAGGAGGCUGUGGGGCUGGAAGUGGUCUAAAGAUGGUAAAUCAAUUGCUUGCUGGAGUUCAUAUAGCAUCGGGAGCUGAGGCAAUGGCAUUUGGAGCUCGAUUGGGUCUUAAUACAAGGAUUUUGUUUGAUUUCAUCACAAAUAGUGAGGGAUCAUCCUGGAUGUUUGAAAAUCGUGUUCCACACAUGCUGGACAAUGAUUAUACUCCGCAUUCUGCACUUGAUAUCUUUGUGAAGGAUCUGGGAAUUGUUUCUCAUGAAUGUUCAGUCCGAAAAGUUCCUCUUCAUAUUUCAACUGUUGCCCAUCAACUCUUCCUGUCAGGUUCUGCUGCAGGCUGGGGUCGGCAAGAUGAUGCUGGUGUGGUUAAGGUUUAUGAGACACUCACAGGUGUUAAAGUAGAAGGAAAACUUCCGGUUCUUAAGAAAGACUUUAUCUUGAAAUCCCUCCCAGGUGAGUGGCCAGUUGAUCCCAUUGGUGAAAUACAGAGACUAAAUCUGGAAAGUUCAAAGACUUUGGUUGUUCUUGAUGAUGAUCCAACUGGAACUCAAACUGUUCAUGAUAUUGAGGUCUUAACUGAAUGGACUGUUGAAUCACUAAAGGAGCAGUUCAGAAAAAAACCUAAGUGCUUUUUCAUUUUGACCAACUCCAGGUCCUUGAGUUCUGAUAAGGCCACGGCAUUAAUUAAAGACAUCUGUAGAAACCUACAUGCUGCAACCAAAUCAAUUGAGAAUGCUGAUUAUACAGUAGUUUUGAGAGGUGAUUCGACUUUGCGUGGCCAUUUCCCAGAGGAAGCUGAUGCCGCUGUUUCAGUAUUGGGUGAGAUGGAUGCAUGGAUCAUCUGCCCCUUUUUUCUUCAAGGAGGGCGUUAUACUAUCGGAGAUAUACACUAUAUUGCAGAUUCUGACCAGCUUAUCCCUGCAGCAGAUACAGGAUUCGCUAAAGAUGCUGCUUUUGGCUACAAAUCUUCGAAUCUUCGAGAGUGGGUUGAGGAGAAAACCGCCGGCCGCAUACCAGCCAGCAGUGUUACAUCUGUUUCUAUCCAACUUUUAAGAAAAGGUGGGCCAGAUGCUGUUUGUGAGCGUCUUUGCAGUUUGCAAAAGGGAUCUACGUGCAUAGUUAAUGCAGCCAGUGACAGAGACAUGGCUGUUUUUGCUGCUGGAAUGAUCAAGGCGGAACUAAGGGGCAAGCAUUUCUUAUGCCGAACUGCUGCUAGCUUUGUUUCUGCCAGGAUUGGAAUUAUCCCCAAAGCUCCAAUUUUUCCCAAGGAUCUUGGAAUAAACAAGGAAAGGAAUGGUGGUCUCAUAGUUGUUGGGUCAUAUGUUCCAAAAACGACAAAACAGGUUGAAGAGCUUAAAUUACAAUGCAACCAGAUUUUAAGAAGCAUUGAGGUUUCGGUUGCUAAAGUUGCCAUGAGUUCUAUGGAAGAGAGGGAGGAGGAAAUCAGUAGAGCAGCUGAGAUGGCAGAUAUUUUUCUUACAGCUCGGAAGGACACUCUAAUAAUGACCAGUCGGGAGCUCAUUACCGGCAAAACUCCCUCUGAGAGUUUGGAAAUCAACUUCAAAGUUAGCUCUGCACUGGUGGAAAUAGUUAGACGCAUAUCUACGAAACCACGAUACAUACUUGCCAAGGGUGGAAUCACAUCAUCUGACCUUGCUACGAAAGCUCUUGAAGCAAAAUGUGCCAAAAUAGUGGGACAAGCCCUGGCCGGUGUUCCCUUGUGGCAGCUAGGUCCUGAGAGUAGGCAUCUGGGAGUUCCAUAUAUUGUUUUUCCUGGUAAUGUUGGUGACAAUAGCGCAUUGGCGGAGCUAGUGAAAUCCUGGGCUCGUCCAGUCAGACUUUCAUCAACCAAAGAGCUUCUUCUGAAUGCGGAAAAGGGUGGAUAUGCUGUAGGAGCAUUCAAUGUUUAUAAUUUGGAAGGAGUAGAGGCUGUUGUUGCUGCAGCAGAGGAAGAACAAAGCCCUGCUAUAUUACAGAUCCAUCCUGGUGCCUUGAAGCAAGGAGGGAUCCCGUUGGUCGCAUGUUGUAUAUCUGCUGCUGAACAAGCCAGUGUUCCCAUAACUGUACACUUUGACCAUGGAACUUCAAAGCAAGAUCUGGUGGAAGCUCUUGAGUUGGGAUUUGAUUCAGUCAUGGUGGAUGGUUCACAUCUUUCCUUCACCGAAAAUGUUUUGUACACUAAGUUUGUAGCGUUCUUCGCUCACUCGAAAGGUGUGCUAGUAGAAGCUGAACUAGGGAGAUUGUCAGGGACAGAAGAUGAUUUGACUGUUGAAGAUUAUGAAGCAAGGCUGACUGAUGUUAAGCAGGCUCAAGAGUUCAUUGAUAAAACCGGGAUAGAUGCUUUGGCAGUGUGUAUUGGAAAUGUCCAUGGAAAAUACCCUGCAAGUGGGCCAAAUCUGAGACUUGAUUUGCUUAAGGAUUUGUAUGCUUUGAGUUCGAAGAAAGGAGUGCUCCUAGUGCUUCAUGGAGCUUCUGGUUUGCCUAAGGAACUUAUCAAGGAAUGCAUAGAGCAUGGUGUGAGAAAGUUCAAUGUAAAUACGGAGGUGCGAAAAGCUUACAUGGAUUCCCUUAGCAACUCUAAGAAAGAUCUAGUCCACGUUAUGGCGUCUGCAAAAGAAGCCAUGAAAGCAGUGAUUGCAGAGAAGAUGCAUCUAUUUGGUUCUGCAGGAAAGGCGUGAGAUGGUUUUGAAGCGACCACCAACCGAGUGAUGGAGUGAUGUAUCACAUAUGAUGAGUCAUCUAUCUAAUUACAUGUUCCCAACUGUUGAAUUUGUUGUAUAAAUAAAAAUUCAAGCUCAUGUAUAAUUAAAUUGAGGAACUCACAAAAUAAUAGUCUUUUCAAUUUCCAUACCAUUAUCUGUCCUCUCUUUUAUGUAAAUAGGUCGAGACUCGAGAGAUAUCUCCAUUAACUAUUAAUCCGUAUUAUUUUUAGAUUAAAUUAAAGAUCAAUAGAUCAUCUUUAUUGUUA